AGCGGCAUUAGGGUUUUAGAGAUCGACAGGGACAGAGGGAUAUGCUAACAGUGGGAAAGUGGGGGCUGCUGAACCAGAAGCCACUAUUCUUCACUUUCCAAAGGCAGAGGCUCCCUGCUCUCUCCUUCCUCAUGGCCAGCCCUAGGGUUUCAUCUUCCUCGGCUGGCUCCCCCGCCGCCGCCUCACCCCCCAAGCUCGUCGGAACUCACAACGGUAGCUUCCACUGCGACGAGGCCCUAGCCUGCUUCAUGCUCCGCCUCACCGCCGCCUUCUCCGCCGCCCAAAUCAUUCGAACUCGUGACCCCAAGGUUCUUGAAACUCUUGAUGCGGUGGUUGAUGUUGGGGGAGUGUAUGAUCCUAGCCGAGACCGCUACGACCAUCACCAGAAGGGCUUCAAUGAGGCCUUUGGACAUGGUUUCACUACUAAGCUCAGCAGUGCAGGUCUUAUUUACAAGCAUUAUGGGAGGGAGAUAAUUGCAAAGGAGCUUCAGCUAGAUGAGGGGCAUCCCAACGUGCACAGGCUAUUUUUAUCUAUUUAUAGGAGUUUUAUGGAGGCUAUUGAUGCUAUCGAUAAUGGAAUUAAUCAAUUUGACAUAGACCAGCCUCCAAGAUAUGUGAAUAAUACACAUUUGUCUGCAAGAGUUGGAAGAUUGAAUUUGGACUGGAUGGAUCCUGAUCAGUCACCUGAGAAGGAGAAUGAAGCCUUUCAACGGGCAAUGGCUUUAGUGGGCAGUGAGUUUUUGGAUAGUGUUAGGUAUCAUGUAAAGUCAUGGCUGCCAGCAAGGUCGAUUGUCAAUGAGUGUCUUGCAGCAAGAAAAGAAAUUGAUCUCAGUGGAGAAAUUGUAGUCUUGAAUAUAUUUUGCCCUUGGAAGCUUCACCUAUUUGAGCUUGAGGAGGAGAUGAAGAUUGACCCACCCAUUAAAUAUGUGCUCUACCAGGAUGACCGGAGCAAACAGUGGCGGGUGCAGGCAGUGGCAGUAUCUCCCGAUAAAUUUGAGAGUCGCAAGGCUCUCCCAUCUCCCUGGCGAGGGUUGAGAGACGAGGAACUGUCAAAGGAGGCUGGAAUUCCAGGUUGUGUAUUUGUGCACAUGAGCGGGUUCAUUGGCGGGAACCAGAGCUACGAGGGUGCACUAGACAUGGCCAGAGCUGCUCUAAAGCUGUAAGCAGACCUUACAGAGUCUCAGGAUACUUGCUGGCAAAGUUAAAGCGGCCAAGCCAUUGCCAUUUGCCACCCUCCCUCCCAAUUCUUCAUGCGAAAGGCACUGACACUGCCAUUUCGCAAUCUCAUGCUUGCUACGAUCCUGUCAUGCUCCGGGAAAGUGAAAAUUUACUCUUUAGUAGGACCAGUAUGUCAUUUGAUUUUGGAAUUGCAGUGAUUUAUUUUGUGUGUUUAGGAUUAGAGCUCCCUCUUCAUUGCCCGGUGCAUUAGCUCCCUCCUUUCAAUAUUUAUUAAGAUAGUGUUUGUUAAUUCAGAUAUAGGUUAAAAAAAAAAAAAAAGUAAGAUAUAAAAAAUAUUUUAGAUUUUUGUUU